AUGUUCUGGUACUUCAACAUGCCCGAGUUCUACGAGAACUAUGUAGAGGAAACCAAGCGUCGGGUCCUGCACGAGGAUGAAGAAACCAGGCAAAUCCCGCAAUCGCUAGAGGGCGUGCGUGCGCUACGGAAAGAAUUGCUGGAGAAGAGGAGGAUCAAAGCGGCUAUGGAGAGCAAUCUCUCGGCCGAUCUCACAUCCGCAAGUACAUCAACAAGCAAUAGUACAAGUAAUGUCCCUCCUGAAACCAAGGAAAUGUGA